GACCAAGACCAGUACUACCAGUACCAAGACUAGUAUCACUGGCACCACAAAUGCGAUCAGAAAUACUGACGCAAGAACUAAUGUCAUUGACUUUGCCUCAAGCGAUGAAUAUGAUAGCAACAAUUUAA